AUGUUACCAACUCCAAUUAUAAAUGAUAUAGACUAUGAUAGAGUAUAUGAGCCAUCGGAGGACUCAUUUUUGUUACUAGAUUGCUUUGAACAAGAACAAGGAACAUUACAACUGAAAUUGAAGGGUAAAUUGCCGAUUAUAACUGAAAUUGGGACUGGAUCAGGCAUAGUUACUACUUUUAUACUACAGAAUAUACUUCAAAAUGGUGUUUAUAUGACUACUGAUAUAAAUCCGCAUGCAUGCAAUCAAGUACUACAAACUUUGAAAGCUAAUGGUCAAAAUAACAAGGUUGAUUCACUACAAAUGGAUUUAACGGGUGCUAUACGAUCGAAUUUGAUAGAUAUUUUAAUUUUCAAUCCUCCUUAUGUACCAGCUGAAGAAGUACCAGAUAUACCUGAUUCCAAUGAUGAUCCAACAUGGUUGGAUGUUGCAUUAUUAGGGGGAGAAGACGGAAUGAAAAUUACGUGGAAGGUGCUACGAAAUCUUGAUAAAAUUUUAAGUAGUGAUGGAAUUGCAUAUAUCCUAUUCUGUGCAAGAAAUAAACCCGAAUCCAUACAAGAGUAUAUGCAAUCCAGUGGUUGGAAAGUAGAUAUAAUACUAACUAGGAAAGCUGGUUGGGAAGUUUUAAGUAUAUUGAAAUUUUAUAGAUAG